AUGGCCCAACAAGUCGAAGAAAACCAGACCUAUGAACCAAAGGAUGCAGUGCAAGAUGGCGUCCGCGCAAUGAUAUUCUGCGGGGGAGCAGGACUUACAGCGUCUGCAAUACGAACUGGUUUGACAAGGCAGAAUGUUGGGGCAUGGGCGGUCGUCACGAGAAGCGGAGGUCUAAUCGGAGUUGCAAUCGCGGCUGGUGCAACAUUCGGCUUCACACGAAGUGCUGCAGCCAAUCUCAGAGAGAAGGAUGACUACGUCAAUUCCACAAUUGCAGGCUUUCUCGCUGGUUCACUACUAGGUCUACAAUUUAGGAGUCUCCCGGCCACCAUUGGUCUCGGAGCAGGCAUAGCCGUUUCGCAGGGUGUGCUAGGCUUCACGGGCGGAUCCUUGACAGGAGGCGGACAGACUGAUCCUGAGGCUUACGGAGGGAAAGAAUGGUACAAGAAGAAUAGACGAAGACCAAUUCAAGAGACCUUAGAGGACCUCGGGGAAGGUAGAGAUACAAUUUUGCACAAAGGAAUCAACAUUCUAGAUGAAGAGUGCUUUGUCAAAUUUCUCCUCUUUCACCUUGACGUCCAGCCUAAGAAACUUAAAGAGUUAUCAAGCAAAUUACAGCGUGUUCGCAAAGCAAUUGCCCCCAAGAAGCAGUUUGCAUUUACUUCGAAGGCCAAAGAAGCUAACAGUCAAAAAUCGCACGCCGAGACUGCCUCAGCUGCUGGAGACCAAGGAAGUCCAUGGCCAGGUCUUGAAAUCGAAACAAUAAGCAGCGACUCAGUGCAAUCAAAAGCCUCAACAGCAGGCCUGACAAUUGCGUCAAUACACAAGUGUCACCACGUGCAAUGUUCUAAAAUCUCGAAUGAAGCCUCGGCCUCUAUCCUUGAUAUUAAUAGCAGUAUCGUGGACUUAUCCUCUGUUGCAUAUGAGCACUCGUCGCUUUCCAAUCUCAUGAUCAGCAAUGUGAAAAACAGCCUACUUGACUCCAGUUCUCCGGAAGAACAAAAUCUCUGGGAUCAGAUCGAUGACUUCAAAUGGCUGAGGGCUGGACAAAGCCCCAAUUGGACCACAUUGGUGCCCGAUGAUCAGCGCGGAGUUCCAAUGGGGAAUUGGCCGAAGGUAUUAGACCAGAAAGCGAACGUUGAGGACAUACUUCGAGCUGCUAAUAUCGACGAUCGCGAAUCACAACAUUCAAAAGCAGAUGUGCAUUCCUUUGAUGCAUAG